AUGACGCCGAUUACUUGGUCGCUUUUAGUGUUAGCGCAAAGUUAUCUAGUUUUAUCCGAAGGUACAAAUACCAAUACAAACAAGGAAGUUCAUAAUAUGGAAUUUGUGAACGAAAUUGUUCGGCUAUUGGAACAGCAAGAGUUGCAAGUUCCCGUUAAGACAGUUACCUAUUACACCACUGUCACAGAGUCCCUUGUGCCAACUUCGGCUGUUAGCCGCUUACCUUCUCCCACAAACAACACCGUAGAGAUAUUGCCAAUUGACAACAAAAACAAUACCGAAGCAACGUUUCCAGGUAUCCAACUUGGGAACUGGACCUACAACCACCUCAACCAAACCCUUCUAAACGAUUCAGCACCUUAUUCUGCUCUCGUCAAGAGUCCACGCAAGCAUUUCGCAGCCGGACUCUACUUAGAGAAGGAGGUCAGCAAAGACGGCGACGAUUGCGAGGAUGAAAUCACAGAAUCAGAAGAUGACUGUGAAGAGGAGGAAGAGGAGAAAAAGAAGAAGUUCUGGUUCUUGCCAUUUUCCAUCAGUAGUCUCAAAAGGUCCAAUUCAACCCAGAAAGUUAUGAUUGCUUCGUCUUCGUUAGUUUCGCCAGCAGUCGAAGGAACUCACAAUUUAUUCAAGUCUAACACUACUUCUAUUACGAAUACUUCUGUUCCUGUCGAACUACAUCCCAACAUUGGAACCAGUAACUAUACAAAGGACCCGCCUAGUUAUCGCAAUUUCACUUUCAUGAGGGACUACUACAGCCACAUCUCAGGUUCCAGUGCAACAUUUGCUACUUUCAAU